AGACUCAGCUGACGCCUUUUCCCACACCAAAACCCAAUAAAUCAAAAUGAGCAACAUACCGCGUAGAGACGCCACACAAAGCAUUGACGAGGAAACCCCGCUUCUCGGCCGAAACGGGGGUGCAACCGGCGGAAAACCGGACAAAUGGAGCGCCAAACAUCUAAGUAACUACAUGGGUAGCAAUGUGGACAGGGACCGGGCCGACGUCGUCUUGAUACUUUGCUAUGUCAUUACCGGUUUACUGGAUAGCUCUGCUGUUUUCAUCUGGGGCUCCUUUGUGAGCAUGCAGACGGGAAAUACGGUGUAUCUUGGCCUGGGAAUCGUGGCGCCUUACGAGGGCAUCCGCUGGAUCAAAGCAGCCGUUUCAAUUGUGGCGUUUUGCAUUGGGUCCUUCUGCUUUGCGCGCUUUCACCGCUACUUUUCUCCUGCUAAGAGAUGGGUGCUUAUUGCAUCGUAUUCGUUUCAGGCGCUGCUUGUUGCUGUCGCGGCGACGAUUGCGACGUUUGGGAAAGAUACCAAGGAGGGCUUGCAUUGGCAAAUGCUUGUUCCUCUCGCUUCGCUGUCUUUUCAGUCGAGCGGGCAGGCGGUUACGUCGCGUGCGCUAAAGCAUCACGGUUUUACUAGCAUUGUGCUUACGAGCAAUUACUGCGAUUUGUUCUCCGAUCCGGCUUUGUUCAAGAUGUCCAACUUCGAGCGCAAUAGGAGGAUUGGUGCGCCAUUGGCGUUAUUGACAGGAGCUUGUAUCGGAGGGUUGUAUGCGCAUAGCAGUGUUGGCCUUGCGGGUGCGUUGUGGACUGCCGUAGUACUCAAGGUGAUAGCCGUCUUUGCUUGGUUGUUCUGGCAAUCUGAAGCUCUGGAGUCUCUCGAAGAGUAGAGGUGUGUUUGAUUGGACUCUGGUAUACCCUAUUAGAUCUUUCGGCUCUUUCACACUAAGCGCAUAUAGAACGCAUACGACAAGAAGUAUAGAUAUCACCUGUAAGACUAUAGCCUUUUUAGCGUUCAACAAUACACAUUAAUAUCCCAUGGCA